CCCCCCCCCAUCCAGCGUGCAGCGUUGGACUCGUCUAACUCAAGGGCGUUUGACCCUCCGUAUUUGUGUUUGCGUAGCAGCGUAAAUUUUCGCUUAAAACUUAAACAUUUGUACAGGUUGCGCGUCGUAAAUCCCGAGGACAUGUUUGUGAGGGUCCUGUCCGUGUGCAGGUCAGAGGGCCUUAGGGUUGCCCUCAGGCCUGCGCUUCUGGCCCCGGUGGCCACCCACAAGAGCCGGGCUGCCCUGCACACGCUGCCAGACCUCCCCUAUGACUACGGGGCGCUGGAGCCCCACAUCAGCGCCAACAUAAUGCAGCUGCAUCACAGCAAGCAUCACGCCACGUACGUCAACAACCUCAACGUGGCCGAACAGAAGCUAGCAGAGGCCGUGGCUAAAGGUGAUGUCACUGCAGAGAUUGCACUCCAGCCUGCCAUCAAGUUCAAUGGUGGUGGCCACAUUAACCACUCCAUCUUCUGGACCAACCUCUCGCCCAAUGGUGGUGGAGCACCCACUGGUGAUUUGCAGAAGGCAAUUGAGACGGAUUUUGGGUCAUUCACGAAACUUCAGGAAAAGAUGAGCGCGGUGUCUGUCGCAGUGCAGGGCUCUGGAUGGGGCUGGCUGGGCUACGAUAAGGAAACCGGGAGGCUUCGAAUCGCUGCGUGUGCCAACCAAGACCCUCUGCAGGCCACAACAGGUUUAAUUCCACUGCUGGGCAUUGAUGUGUGGGAGCAUGCCUACUACCUGCAGUAUAAGAACGUGCGGCCCGACUACCUCAAGGCCAUCUGGAACGUGGUCAACUGGACAAAUGUGGCCGAGAGACUGGCCGCAGCUAAAAAAUGAGCACAGCACCACUCUGGCUGCACCCUUUCCUUACCCCUCGACUACAAAUUAGGUUGGUAGCAAGGCCAGAAUUAAUCUCAAAAUCUGUGGUGCAUUCGGGUUGCCCACACAUUGAGAUAUGGACUUUCCAAAUGGUGUCGUUUUGGCAUUCGAUAAUUAAUCAGUCCGUUCUUUGGCUUACAACCAAAUAUUAUUAGCUCAUGUUUAGAACAUCUUAGCUUGUUUCACUGAAAGUUCUCUUUAAGUACAGAAAAUCUGGGUUUUGACUGCUGAUUUCAUUGAACAUCAAUUACACGUAUCCUUAUGUGUUAUGCUCAUUGUGAUUUGGAAUUUUGAUGUAUAAUGAGAUUCUUGCUUUGCUACUCUGACAAGAUCUAUUGAGCCACAUGCAAACACAUGUCAUAGCCAGAUAGAGUGGCAUGCAUAUUAAUUAUUUAUCUGACAACUUUGUUGCGCGGAUAUUCUGAAAUAUCCUCGCAUAAGCUUGCUGUGUACUUGUCACUAAUUGAUUUUCGGGUUGGGCCACAAUGCUGGCCACAUUUGUCAUUAAUACCCUCCACCACCCGUCACAUCCAAACAAAGGAGGAUCCCCUAAUGACACAUUUGGUUUGGCCAGAUCAUUGUGCCAUCAUCCAAAUUAUCAAUUGUGAUUCAUACUAAAAUAUAUAAUAGUGUGCAUAGUUUGCGCACUCUAAAACUUGUUGGACAUUGAAAUAAAGUAUCUGAACAUGCUAAUGUAAACGAAUGUAGCACUUGGCUGAACUGAAAAAGCAUUUGUAUUUAGCACGUAAAAGAGGUUGUUGCAUAAUGCGCUGAAAUAUAUAUUCCUUCUCAUCUGUAGUUGAUAAAAUCGCCAUUGGCAAACCACCAAUGUUGGCAUUUAAAACUUAAUUUGUGAAGGGUAGGGUGUCAAUUCUUGACUUGUGAUGAAAAUGCCAGUGUUGGAUGUUGGUAGGGAACUAAAGCAUUUCCUCUCUAGCCCUGCAUUGUGCCAUUCGGGGUUGGUCUGCUGUUUUGUUUUGUACAGGAGUGUUUUAUUUUCACAAAGAGGUUUUGUUGGGUUGAUUUACAAUAAAAUAAAAUCCGUUGCAAAUUA